UUGACUGGAACAAGGAAGAAGGCGUGCAAAGUCAGCCUGGAUCCUUCCUCACUUCAGGUGAAGGAGAGUUCCAAGAUGCUCCCUCUUGGAGGAGAAGGGCCGCGUUUUAAAGCCCUCUUUGCUGUUGACAUUGACCUGAAUUAUCAUCUGGUGGCUGAUCCGCUUCAACCUGUCGGUGCCGGGAUGAUGAACAACAUGUCGCCGGAGGUCGCGCUGCACCGGAUCUCCCCGGAGCUGAGGCCCCUGCUGUGCAGCGUGGUGAGGAACGGCCGCGUGGGGCUCGACUCCACCAACUGCCUCCGCGUGACAGACCUCAAAACUGGAUGCACGUCUCUGACUCCAGGCCCCUGCUGUGAUCGCUUCAAACUCCACAUCCCGUAUGCUGGCGAGACCCUUAAAUUUCAGUGUCUGACGGCACCGGCAGACGAUCGGGUUGCAGCCGUCUGGCGCUGUAUCUCCAUCAAAGACGACGGGAAGAAAAUCUUCAUGCGUUCGGCGAAUGCUUCGGGUUGUUCUGCCAACAAAAUGGCCGCUGCUGCCGCGUCCUAA